AUGCUCAAGUCUGGAUCUGAAGCCAAAUAUAGUCCCCAUAUACAGAGAUUCACCAGCAGCAUGAGUGAUAUCGUCGCCCCUACUAAUGGGAACGAUGACAACAGAGCAAAGGUGGCAAAUUACCAUGCCGACCUUCGCAUGAAGUCAUCUUACCCAAGUGCUUUUUUCGACGAUAUCCAUGAUCACGACAGUGAUGUCUCCUACCUUGACCUUGUCCUUGAUUUUGGUCAAUAUGUUGGACAUAUGCAAUUUGAGGAACCCACUGAUGAGAUCUUCGACUCAGAAUACCAUUGUCGUUGUGCCUGA